AUGAACAAACCCACUGCGACAGACCACCUGGGUCCUUUCCUUGUCGCCAAUAUUCUUCUACCUUUGCUCCAGAGCAUAUCGGUUGCGUCCCGAGACUCCGACGUCCGGGUGAUCAAUGUAUCGAGGACCGCGAUCGACCUCGUCCCAUCAGGUCAUUCAUUUUCCUUGCUGGAAGCCUGGAAUAACGAUUCCGGUGGCGAAUGUAGCCCCCUUCGAUUCCUGCAUCGGUAUGGACACUCAAAAGUCGCGAACGUUCUCUGUACUACAGAGCUGCAGCGUCAACUUGAUCAAGAAAGCUCUCGUAUCCUGGUUGCUGCGGUGCAACCUGGUGUAGUCGCCACUCCCAGGUCAGAAAAAUCACUUGGAUAG